AUGCCCGCAGACGUUGGUAAUACCCACAGUAAAAGCAGCGAGGCAGCAGAGAAGGCCAAGCAUGUUACAGGGAGUAUGUUAUCCACACUUGUAGCUGGAGCUUUGGAGGUAUUAGCCGGGGCAUCGGCGGCUGUUAAGGGCUCGAUGCUGGCGUACAGUAGGUUCGGAUCUGUAUUCGUGCUUAUCGGAAGUAUACCAUUUGUCGGUGCAUUUUUCAUCUCCAUGGGAGGAUGUGCUGUACCGCACUUCUUCGAUAAUGAAAUGAUACAGGAAGGACACAAUAAAUUCAAUACGGGUGAUUCAAUACCAAUGCAAGACAUGCAGAAAAAAUCAAUGCAAUGA